GCCGCAAACACCAAAACGCCGGUGACCGUAACGGCGCACCGAAGACCGCGACAGACGAUAAUAAUGUCACUCGUAUAGUGCGAAAUACCAUUGGCGCAAUGCCAUUGACGUGGACGGUCUGCACGUGUUGCAUUGCCCGUCGCAGCGUACCGACUGAUCACUAUUGUCGACCGGACGUGCACCGUUAUGUUUCCCGCGUUUUUUGUGAUAGAAAACUUGUAAAACGACAAACUGUACCAUCUUGCACAGUAAAUCCCGAGGACACAUUUAAUUGUACAAAUGGAUUAUGCAUCGAGUUUUCGGCUGUUUGUGAUGGUCAUGCGGAUUGUUCAGACGGUUCAGACGAGACCAAUGAUUUGUGUUCUAGACAAACAUGCCGAAGUUAUGCAUAUCGAUGUAAAUAUGGAGCUUGUGUGGACAAAAAUGCAAAAUGCAAUGGUAAAAAUGACUGUGUUGAUGGAUCGGACGAAAAUUUACCAGAAUGCAGACAAAGCUCUAAAAACAGUACUCAAUAUUCCAUUGGUUCAUCUAAAUGUCUUGAAGAACAGUUUCAAUGUAAAUCUGGCCAAUGCAUUGAUGGAACAUCAAUCUGCGAUGGAACUCGAGAUUGUAAUGAUGGGUCUGAUGAAACUUUAGCUUUAUGUAAAAGAGUCCAGUGUCCAAAGUAUACAUUUCGAUGUAAAUAUGGGGCUUGUGUCAGUAAAGAAAGUAAAUGUGAUAACGUAAAACAGUGUGCUGAUGGAUCUGAUGAAGAAGAAUGUGGUGAUCUCUAUCUAACCCCUAGACCAACAACACUAAAACCUGUGAUUAAUACAAUUCGACCAACUACGCAGUCUAAUACAAAGAAUUUAUGCGCUUUACCGACGAUCGAAGGAGUUUUAUAUUCUUACGAAGGUUCAAAUGAAAUUUUACCUCACGGGACAUUGAUUAAUCAAUAUCGCACUGUUAUCGAGAACUGUGAAGUAGGAUAUUAUAAAGCUUAUCCUAAAAGUUUUAGGCUUUGUCAGGAAAAUGGAAAAUGGAUAUCGAAUUCUGAGAAAUUAUGUUUCAAAAUGUGUCCGCCUCUAAUAUCAGAUAGUUUAAAUAUUAAUUGUACUUUAAAUGGUAACUAUGCUAAUUGUUCAAAUCUAUCAAUAUUUGGUACAAGAGCAAUGCCAUCAUGUAAGCCAACACAUAAAAUACCAAACGGACAAGAUGAGACUCCAAUUGAAUUACUUUGUCAGUCAAAUGGAAUGUGGAGUAAUCAACUAUAUAAAUGCACUCCACAUUGUGGUAGAGUAUACAUUAAUAGUAAACCAUUGAUUGAUAAUGGUAAAAUUGCACAUGUUGGAACAGCUCCUUGGAAUGUUGCAAUUUAUCAAUUAAAUAAAGAAAACUCCAAGUAUGACCUGAUUUGCGGAGGAUCAAUUAUUACUCCAAAUUUAGUUGUUUCUGCUGCUCAUUGUUUUUGGCAAAAAGAUUUGUUGUCUAAACGAAUAUCAAAUAAUGAUGGUAUAUAUAAAAUUGGUGUUGGAAAAUAUAAUAGAGAUUACACGGUUGUUGAUAAUGACUUCACUCAAUUUAUGGAUGUGGAAACUAUUUAUCUGAAAGAUGGUUAUUAUGGACCUGAUGGGUUUCAUGGUGAAGAUAUAGCUGUUAUUGUGUUAUCAAACAGAAUUAUUAUUAGUAGUGGUGUUGCACCAGUCUGCGUUGAUUGGAGAAGUAUUUACAAUAUACCAAAUGGAGCUCAAGGAAAGAUUGUUGGUUGGGGAAAAACGGAGAAAGACAUAUCAAGUCCCACUUUAUUAGAAGCAACUUUACCGUACAUCGAUCAUGAUUCUUGUCGAAACAUGUAUACAAAUGGAUUUCAAACGUUUGUGACAAUUGAUAAGUUCUGUGCCGGGUCUGCAUUAGGACAGGGGGUUCGUGAAGGUGACAGCGGUGCAGGUUUAUCGUUUUUACAUUCUAAUUUGUAUUAUUUAACUGGAGUAGUAAGUGUCAAGGAUCCGAAUACAAAUAAUUCAAUAGCAGUUUUUACAGAUGUUAAAUACCAUAUUCAAUUCAUUCGUGAACUAAAUCCCGAGGACGUGUUUAAUUGUACAAAUGGACUAUGCAUCGAGUCUUCGGCUAUUUGUGACGGUCAUGCUGAUUGUUCAGACGGUUCAGACGAGACCAGUGAUUUGUGUUCUAGACAAACAUGCCGAAGUUAUGCAUAUCGAUGUAAAUAUGGAGCUUGUGUGGAUAAAAGUGUAAAAUGCAACGGUAAAAACGAUUGUGUUGAUGGAUCUGAUGAAAAUUUACCCGAAUGUAAACAAAGCUCUAUAAACAGUAAUCAACAUUCCAAUGGUUCAUUUAUAUGCCUCGAAGAACAGUAUCAAUGUAAAUCAGGCCAAUGCAUUGAUGGAACAUCAACUUGUGAUGGAACUCGAGAUUGCAAGGACGGGUCUGAUGAAACUUCAGCAUUAUGUAAUACAGUUCGGUGUCAAAAGUUUACAUAUCGGUGUAAAUAUGGGGCUUGCGUUAGUAAAGAGAGUAAAUGCGAUGGCAUAAAACAGUGUGCUGAUGGAUCUGAUGAAGAAAAAUGUGUUGAUCCCAAUCCAACCCCUAGACCAACAACACUAAAACCUGUGAUAAAUACAAUUCGACCAACUACGCAGUCUAAUACAAAGAAUGUAUGCGCUUUACCGACGAUCGAAGGAGUUUUAUAUUCUUACGAAGGUUCAAAUGAAAUUUUACCUCACGGGACAUUGAUUAAUCAAUAUCGCACUGUUAUCGAGAACUGUGAAGUAGGAUAUUAUAAAGCUUAUCCUAAAAGUUUUAGGCUUUGUCAGGAAAAUGGAAAAUGGAUAUCGAAUUCUGAGAAAUUAUGUUUCAAAAUGUGUCCGCCUCUAAUAUCAGAUAGUUUAAAUAUUAAUUGUACUUUAAAUGGUAACUAUGCUAAUUGUUCAAAUCUAUCAAUAUUUGGUACAAGAGCAAUACCAUCAUGUAAACCAACACAUAAAAUACCAAACGGACAAGAUGAGACUCCAAUCGAAUUACUUUGUCAGUCAAAUGGAAUGUGGAGUAAUCAACUAUAUAGAUGCAUUCCACAAUGUGGUAGAGUAUAUAAUGAUAGCAGACCAUUGAUCGAUCAUGGUAAGACAGCACAUAUUGGAACAGCUCCUUGGAAUGUUGCAAUUUAUCAAUUAAAUAAAGAGAACUCCAAGUAUGACCUGAUUUGCGGAGGAUCAAUUAUUACUCCAAAUUUAGUUGUUUCUGCUGCUCAUUGUUUUUGGCGAAAAGAUUUGUUGUCUAAACGAAUAUCAAUUAACGAUGGUUUAUAUAAAAUUGGUGUUGGAAAAUAUAAUAGAGAUUACACGGUUGUUGAUAAUGACUUCACUCAAAUUAUGGAUGUGGAAACUAUUUAUCUGAAAGAUGGUUAUUAUGGACCUGAUGGGUUCCAUGGUGAAGAUAUAGCUGUUAUAGUGUUGAAAAACAAAAUAUCUAUUAGUGUUGUUGUUGCACCAGUUUGUGUUGAUUGGAGUGCUAAUUAUAAUGUACCAAAUGGAGCUCAAGGAAAGAUUGUUGGUUGGGGAAGAACAGAAAAACACAUGUCGAGUCCCAUUUUAUUAGAAGCAACUUUACCGUACAUCGAUCAUAAUUCUUGUCGAAGCAUGUAUACAAAUGGAUUUCAAACGUUUGUGACAAUUGAUAAAUUCUGUGCCGGGUCUGCAUUAGGACAGGGGGUUCGUGAAGGUGACAGUGGUGCAGGUUUAUCGUUUUUACAUUCUAAUUUUUAUUAUUUAACCGGAAUAGUAAGUGUCAAGGAUCCGAAUACAAAUAAUUCAAUUGCAGUUUUUACAGAUGUUAAUUACCACAUUCAAUGGAUUCGUGAACUGUAUAACAAAUAUACUUCUUAUGCAAGUGAUAGUAUGGUACUUAAAGUUAAAUAAUUUAUUAUUUGUGUAAUUUAAUUCAAUAUUUUUAAAAAUAAAUGUUUAUUGUUGUGUAGCAAUUCUUAACUGUUCAUUUUUAACAUUUUUGUUAAAUUCUAUACGAUAUUUUAAAGUUAAAAUAUAAGCAUUAGAUGUAUUGAU